AUGAGCUUUAUUUGUUGGAAUGCUUGGGGUUUGGGGAGCCCCCGAGCAUUCCGAAACCUUUCCCUUCUUGUGAAGCAGCAUAAACCUUGUUUACUUUUUGUUAUUGAAACUAAGCUAGGAGCUGGUUCUAGUUCUAGUUUUAAGUCUAGGUUAUCUUUUGAUAAUGUUUUAGAAAUUCCUAGAAGAGGUUUAGGGGGAGGUUUGUUUCUUUUUUGGACUGCUGCUGUUGAUGUACAGAUUAAUAAUUACUCCUCUAACCAUGUGGACUAUUUUGUAUCUAUGAAUGAUAAUAUUAAUACUAAAUGGCAUCUCUCUUGUUUUUAUGGUUCUCCUUAUAUUUCGAAUAAAAUGGAUACUUGGACCCUCUUGCAUCGGAUGUAUGAUAUUGCUCCUAGUAUGCCUUGGUUUAUAUUUGGUGAUUUUAAUGAUUACCUUACUUUAAAUGAUAGAUCUAAUGCUUCUAACCCUCCUGUGUAUGCUAUGACUAACUUUCAGCAUUUUCUUAAUAAAUAUAAUUUGCUUCCUCUGCCGUAUAUAGGGAAUAGAUUUACUUGGAAACAUGGUAAUUCUUUUGAAAGGCUUGAUUGGUGUAUCGUUAAUAACUUUUGGUUAGAUCUUUUUCCUAAGGUGUCUCUUCAUCACUUAGGUUUUUUUGGUUCUGACCAUAGGGCUUUAAAGGUUAUUCUUGAGGAUAAUCUUUUUAAGUCGUCUGGUAGCAGGAGGUUUAUGUGUGAGAAUUUUCGGAUUUCUGAACCUGACUUUCUCUCUGUUGUUAAAGAUGGUUGGGGAAACAAUUUUUCUAAUCUCCUCAAUGCCGACCCCCUAUCCUCCUUCCUGCUUAAAAUUAAGUCUUUACAGGAUCGUCUUGAGUCUCUCCUCUCCUGUCAACCUCAUUCUGAUUUUAACAGUAAUCAAGCUAAAGAGCUUCAAUCUCAAAUUGACUCUCUUCUUUUUAAAGAAGAGGUUUUUUGGAAGCAGCGUUCUAGAAUAAAUUGGCUUAAGGCUGGGGAUAAAAAUACAAAAUAUUUUCAUUCGAAAGCCAAUUCUAGGCGUAGGAAUAAUCUAAUUCGUGGUAUUGUCUUGGAUUCUGGUGAGCAUAUUGAUUCUCAACAAGAUAUUAGUAAACACUUUCUUAAUUUUUAUAGUACUUUAUUUACCUCGCAAGGUUCGAAUGUUGGGGCUGUGGAUCAACUUUUGCAGUUUAUCCCUAACCGUCUCUGUGUUUCUGCUAUUCAACAGCUUGAUGAGUCUUUUAAUAGUGAUGAGGUUAAGGAUGCUCUUUUGCAAAUGGCGGGGGAUAAAGCCCCAGCUAAUAGACUUAAGAAUGUGCUUAAUGAUAUCAUUUCUCCAAAUCAAAGUGCUUUUAUUAAAAAUGUGGUCAUUUUUGAUAAUGUCUUCAUUGCUAAUGAGAUGGUUAAUGCUAUUACUCAUAGGAAGUUAGGUAAAGUUGGUUGGGCAGCUCUUAAGUUAGACAUGGAAAAUGCUUUUGAUCGAGUUGAGUGGGGUUUUGUUAAGGCUAUUAUGCAGCACCUUUGUUUCCCUGUUAGGUUUGUUAAUCUCAUUCUUAGUUGUCUUUCUUCUGUUUCUUUCCGUCUCCUAAUUAAUGGCUCCCUCACUGAAAAAUUCUCUUCCUCUAGGGGCAUUAGGCAGGGAAACCCCCUGUCCCCCUACAUUUUUCUUCUUGUCUCGGAAGCUUUAUCUGUUGUUAUUAGACUGCAGGAGCAUGAUAAUUAUUUCCAAGGAAUUUCUAUAUGUCGUUCUGCUCCCCCUAUUUCUCAUCUUCUUUUCGCAGACAAUAGUCUUCUGUUUUCUACUACCACUGCUCGAUCUUGUCUUGCUAUCAAGGCUGCUCUUGAUUUGUACCAUCAAGCUACGGGUCAACUUGUCAAUUUUUCUAAGUCCUCUGUUCUCUUUUCCCCUAACACUUGUAAUUCGGAGGCUGAGUUUUCUCGUCGUACUUUAGGUCUUGAUAAUAAGCCUUUUAUCAGUAAAUAUUUAGGCAUUCCUCAGUUUUUUGGUCGUUCCAAAAAAGAACAUUUUAAUUUCUUUUUGCAGAAAGCUAGCUCUAAAUUGAGUAAUUGGACUAACAGACUGUUUUCAAGAGCUGGUAAGGAAGUUCUUCUUAAAGUUGUUAUCCAACUUAUUCCCUCAUAUGCAAUGUCUUGUUUCAGGGUCCCUGUUUCUGUCUGUAAAAGAAUUGAACGUCUUAUGGCCCAAUUUUGGUGGGGUUCUUCUGGAAAUCAAGGGAAAGUUCAUUGGAACUCUUGGGAUAAACUCUGUCAAUCAAAAUUUUUGGGGGGAAUGGGUUUUAGGUCUUUUGUGUGUCAUAAUCAGGCCUUUCUUGCUAAACAAGCUUGGAGGGUUUUUUCUAUGCCUAAUUCGCUUCUUGCUAAGCUUCUAAAGGCCAAAUAUUUUAGUCAUAAUUCAUUCCUUGAAGCUUCUAAGGGUCAUUGUGCUUCCUUUACCUGGCGUAGUUUGCUUUGGGGUGGGGAUCUUCUCAAAAGAGGCCUUAUUUGGAAGGUUGGGAAUGGCAGAUCUAUCUCUUCUAUUGACUCUUAUUGGAUUCCUGGUUGGAGAGAGAAAUUGGCAAUGUUUUUUGAUGAGGAAGUAAUCCAGGUUAUUUUGACUGUUCCUCUUGCUGAUAUUUCUCUGGAUGAUACUCUUGUUUGGGAGCAUCAUUCUUCGGGUUUGUUCACUGUUAAUUCAGCUUACCAUUUGGCCAAGUCUGUUAAUUCAUUACCUUCCUCUUCUAGCAGUAAUUCUCUGCUCUUAAUCUUUUCCAUAAGAAAAUUUUGUCAACCCCUCUUUGUUCUCUGCUCUAAAGGUCCUAAAUUUGUUACUCAUGCACUAUUAGAGUGUUCCAGAGCUUUGAGAGAGUGGAAAGAUUCAAGGUUUAAAGAUUUCUACCGAGUUGCUAGGAAUUGUGAUAUUAGGGAAUAUCUGUUAAGAGGCUUCCAAGAUUUUUCUAAAGCUGACUUGAGAGUUUUCAUUGGAAUUGUUUGGGAAAUUUGGAAUCGUCGAAAUAUUACUUUGUUUAAUAAGAGAAGGAUUUCCUUUUCCUCUGCUGAAUUUCAGGUUAAAGGUCUGCUUCAAGCUUAUGAUAAGGCUCAAACUUUUCAUAAUCCCAACUCAUUUGAAGAUUCUCAAGAAGGUUCUCAAAACAGUUUCACUCCAGAUGCUCCUAAGGUGGGUUCUUUUAAGCUACUUGUUGAUGCUGCAAUUAGUAAUCAGUUGCAAAAAAUUGGGAUUGGGGCUUCAGUUUUCGAUAGUAAAAGUGAUAUUGUAGCUACUAUGUCUUCACCUUGUGAUGGAGUUCUUCCCCCUUUAUUAGCUAAAGCAAAGGCACUACUUUGGGUGCUACGAUGGUGUAUAGCUGUUGAGUUUCCUUUGGAUCGAAUUGAAACUGACAGCCAACUUCUUGUGAGGAAGGUGAGGCAUCGUUGGAAGGAUAAAUCACCUUUGUUUGAUUUGGCAUCAGAGAGAGGUGCUUUGGAACGGCAACAGUCCAAGGUCGAUUUGAGUAUAUUGUAA